CCUCAUCGUACUGCAACAAGUGUAGAGUACGAACAACAACCAAAAAAAAAAAAAAAAAAGUAGAGUACUGUAGUGUUGAGUGUAGUUUGUAUUGUCACCCUCAUCAGAGUCAGAGAGAGCACGGCAGAAAGAACCGAAGGAGGUUCCAAAAUCCUCUAAUACUACUCCCUCCCAAACUGACAACUCUAACAAUAAUACCUUCCAAUUCUAUCAUGCCUACUUCUCCAACUCCAAUGGACCCCAUAGACGUGUUCUGGCACGAGGGGAUGCUUAAACACGAAACUGGCACAGGCGUUUUCGACAGUGGCAUGGAUCCUGGGUUUCUUGACGUCUUAGAAAAGCACCCAGAGAACUCAGACAGGGUCAAGAACAUGCUUUCCAUUCUCAAACGGGGCCCCAUCUCUCCUUACAUCUCUUGGCAUCCUGGCACACCUGCUCUCGUCCCUCAAUUGCUCUCCUUCCACACUCAAGAAUACAUAAAUGAACUAAUUGAAGCAGAUAGGAAUGGAGGAAAGAUGCUUUGUACCGGAACAUUCUUGAACCCUGGAUCAUGGGAUGCCGCGCUUCUUGCUGCUGGUACUACUCUAUCAGCAAUGAAGCAUAUACUCGAUGGCUGUGGCAAAAUUGCGUAUGCAUUGGUUAGGCCUCCAGGUCACCAUGCUCAGCCUACUCAAGCUGAUGGGUACUGCUUCCUUAAUAAUGCGGGUCUUGCUGUUCAGUUGGCUUUGGAUUCUGGGUGUCAAAAGGUUGCAGUUAUUGACAUUGAUGUUCAUUAUGGCAAUGGAACAGCAGAGGGGUUCUAUAGGUCAAAUAAAGUUCUUACCAUCUCCCUUCAUAUGAAUCAUGGGACUUGGGGUCCAUCUCAUCCGCAGAAUGGAUCUGUUGAUGAAGUUGGUGAAGGAGAAGGGUUUGGGUAUAAUAUGAAUAUACCUCUACCAAAUGGCACUGGUGAUAGGGGGUAUGUGUAUGCCAUGACCGAGUUGGUCCUUCCAGCAGUUGAAAAGUUUGAGCCUGAUAUGAUAGUUUGGGUUGUUGGCCAAGAUUCAAGUGCUUUUGAUCCAAAUGGAAGGCAAUGCUUGACGAUGAAUGGUUAUCGAGAGAUUGGGCAGAUAGUUCGUAGUUUGGCAAAUAGGCAUACCGGCGGUCGCCUUCUUAUUGUCCAAGAAGGUGGAUAUAAUGUUACAUAUUCAGCUUAUUGUCUUCAUGCAAUGCUUGAAGGUGCGCUCAACCUUUCAAGUCCACUAUUAUCUGAUCCCAUCGCUUAUUACCCAGAGGAUGAGGCCUUUUCUGUAAAAGUAAUUGAAUCCAUUAAACAGUACCAACAAGACACUCUACCAUUUUUAAAAGAAGCUUAAUUUGAAGGGUUGCACCCAAAAGAAAGUUCAGAUGGGAGCAUGAUGCAAUAUGUGUAUUCAAGAGAGAGUUGACGGGGAGGGUGUGUGUUAGUUAAGUUUUUUGUUUUUGGACGAAUUUAGUUAGGUUUUUGGAUAAAUAAAGAUUUUUUUGGUGAUUGAAGUGUUAGGGGCAGUGCCCCCCCUAGGACUAAUCUUAGUUUGCCACUCUUUGUAGGAUUCAAAGAUGAUUCCACCAGUAGAAUUGAGGUUCUAUUAUGCUGCUAAUUAUGUAUGUGUGUGUGUGUGUGUUUUGAGGUCCUAGAGACAUAGUACUGUUACUGAAGCUUACACAAUCUUUGUUAUAUGGCAUAGAUCUCCGUAGCAAUUCGUUGUAUUCAGAAUUUUGGACACCUUUGUUCUUCAAAUCAUAAUAUCAUUCACAAAAAAGAGUAGUAAUACCGAAUCCUUUGAUUAA